AUGCGAUCAUUGUUACUGGCAUUGGGCCUGCUCUUGGCUGGGGCUUCUUGCCCAGUCGCGAGCACUCUGAGCCAGACGGAUGGCGACCAGCAUCCUCUUCACGACGGAGACGCUACCGGUCAGGCCGUUUCCGUCGCGCUCUUCUCGUCUCUAGAGCGCCUGUCACGGCUCGUGGAUAUCUCCUACUGCGUCGGGAACACCGGCGUGUCUCCGCCCUUUUCUUGCGUCUCGCGGUGCAAAGAGUUUCCUGCCAUGGAGUUGGUGACGACUUGGAAUACGGGCAUGCUCAUGAGCGACAGCUGCGGCUACAUUGCUGUUGAUCACGGGGACAGGAAGAUAAACUCGACUACGGGGGGUCUCACGACCACGGGCAACAAGGACGACGGCGCGAUCGUUGUGGCUUUCCGUGGCACAUACAGCAUCACCAACACUGUGAUCGAUCUGAGCACUGUGCCUCAGGAGUACGUGCCGUAUCCGGAGCCAGAUGACGGCGAUGAGGAGGGUGACAACACAUAUCCUGACCCUGAGAAGAGGGAGAGGUGCACAAACUGUACAGUGCACAUGGGCUUUCUCAAGUCGUGGCGCAAUGCCCGAUCGCUUGUGCUGCCAGCGCUGAAAAAGGCUCGCGCCGAGCACCCAUCCUACCCUAUCCAGCUAGUUGGCCACAGUCUAGGCGGUGCUGUCGCUGCGCUCGCCGCGCUGGAGUUCAAAGUUGCGUUGGGCUGGGACGACAUCAAGAUCACGACGUUUGGGGAGCCGCGGGUCGGAAACCAGGGUCUGGUCGACUUUAUCGACAGAGUGUUUGGCAUGGAGAAGGACGAAGGCUUCGACAAGGACCUGGAGAAGCGCAUAUACCAGAGGGUCACGCACGCCAACGACCCGGUGCCUCUCCUACCCCUGACCGAAUGGGGCUAUCGCGCUCAUGCGGGCGAGAUAUACAUCACCAAGGAGCCACUGUCGCCUUCGCCAGAGGACCUGAGGAUGUGUCGAGGGGACAACGAUCCCAGCUGCAUCGCUGGCGCGGACAGCACAGUCAACCAGGAGGAGCUGGUCGAGAUCGUCAAGGAGGCCGAGACGAUGGAAGACUCGCGGCUCGAGGCGAGGUGGGAGUUCCCUGCCCGAUACAAGCUGUGGCAGCUCUUCUUUGCCCAUCGUGAUUACUUCUGGAGAUUGGGGCUUUGCGUGCCUGGUGGUGACCCGUGGGAUUGGGGCAGAGAGAAGUACAACUAUACGUCGGGCUCUGAUGAGCUGUAA